AUGACCUUGCCACCGCCGCGCCACAGGACCUCCACCAUUAUGAACACCACGCUAACGAUGAUGGACUCGCCCGCCGAGACGCUCCGUCUCUGCCCAAACAAACCUGUCCUCCAACAGGACGCCUCACGGCAGAGCCAGGCUCCCACCCCCACCCCCACCCCCACCACCAACAGGACGCCUCACGGCAGGGCCAGGCUCCCACCCCCACCCCCACCACCAACAGGACGCCUCACGGCAGAGCCAGGCUCCCACCCCCACCCCCACCACCAACAGGACGCCUCACGGCAGAGCCAGGCUCCCACCACCACCCCCACCCCCACCACCAACAGGACGCCUCACGGCAGAGCCAGGCUCCCACCCCCACCCCCACCCCCACCACCAACAGGACGCCUCACGGCAGAGCCAGGCUCCCACCCCCACCCCCACCACCAACAGGACGCCUCACGGCAGGGCCAGGCUCCCACCCCCACCCCCACCCCCACCACCAACAGGACGCCUCACGGCAGAGCCAGGCUCCCACCCCCACCACCGUUGUUUGUUACAAAUAAAAAAGCAGCAAGAAGGACGAGCCGCGGUAGCAACGCUGCCUGGACCGUGCUAUCAACGCUGCCUCUGGCCUGUGGUCUCCUGCAGCUCAACACAACCCCCUGGGCCACACGGAAAUCCCAACUGAAGCCACUGAUGUGCCGGCUCUGGGCGCGGGACAGCUGGCUGUCAUGUCUGCUCCUGCACGCCUCGCUGCUCCCGCUGCUGUCCACGGCCGAGAGGACCUGCCCCGGCACCUGCCGCUGCGAGGGGAAGAUCGUCUACUGCGAGUCGGGCGAGUUCGACGGGGUCCCCGGCAACAUCUCGGCCGGGUGCCAGGGCCUCUCCCUGCGCUACAACAGCUUCCUGAGUCUGCUGCCCUACCAGUUCGCGCACCUGAACCAGCUGGUGUGGCUCUACCUGGACCACAACUCCAUCGGCGCCGUCGACGGACAGGCCUUCCAGGGGCUGCGGCGGCUCAAGGAGCUCAUCCUGUCCUCCAACAGCAUCGCCCACGUGCAGAACGGCACCUUCUAUAACGUGCCCAACCUGAGGAACCUGGACCUCUCCUACAACAAGCUGCAGGCCCUCCUGCCGGGAUACUUCCAGGGCUUGCGGAAGCUCCAGAGCUUGCACCUGCGCUCCAACAGCCUCACCACCAUCACGCUGCGCACGUUCCUGGAGUGCCGGAGCCUGGAGUUCCUGGACCUGGGAUACAACCGCUUGCGCUCGCUCUCGCGGACCACUUUCAUUGGCCUGCUGAGGCUGGCGGAGCUGCACCUGGAGCACAACCAGUUCUCCAGGAUUAACUUCUUCCUGUUCCCGCGCCUGCUCAACCUGCAGGCGCUCUACCUGCAGUGGAACCGGAUCCGCUCCGUGGUCCAGGGCUCGGCGUGGACCUGGUACACCCUGCAGAAGCUGGACCUGUCGGGGAACGAGAUCCAGACGCUGGAUCCGGAGGUGUUCCGCUGCCUCCCGAACUUGGAGGUGCUCAACCUGGAGUCCAACAAGCUCAGCAACGUGUCCCAGGAGGUGACGCUAGCCUGGAUCUCCGUCACCACCAUUAAUUUAGCCGGCAACGUCUGGGACUGCAGUGUCAGCAUCUGCCCCCUGGUGGCCUGGAUGAGGAAUUACAGGGGCACCAGAGACGCCACCAUCAUAUGCAGCAGUCCCAAGGCCCUCCAGGGAGAGAGGGUCAUGGAUGCUGUGAGGAACAACACUAUCUGUGAGGAGAUCGUCACGGAGAUGCCAACCCCCCCUGCCCCCGUGGUAACCACCCCCGCCCCCCCUCCCUCCACCACCCUGAGAACCACCACAAACCUCCCCCAAACCCCUCCGAUCCAGCGCCUGGCCCCCCCAGUGGUGGUUCCUGUCUGGCCCGACCAGCGGCCCGCGCUGCCCCCCACCACCACCACCACCACCGCUGCCCCGAGCGCCCCCCCGUUCACGGCGGAGCCCGACUUUGAGCACAUGACGUUCCACAAGGUGUUGGCGGGCAGCGUGGCGCUCUUCCUGUCCCUGGCGCUGAUCCUGCUGGUGGCGUACGUGUCGUGGCGACGCUACCCGGGCAGCAUGCGGCAGCUGCAGCAGCAGCAUUCCAUCUCCAUGCGGCAGCGCAAGCGGCGGAGGAAGACGCGCGGCGGUGGAGCGGCUCCACCCGAGCACAGCAUCAGCUCGCAGCUGCAGGAGUACUACCUGAGCUACGACCAGGCCAACGCAGAGACCAUGGACGCGCUCGUCAACGGGGCCUGCACCUGCACCAUCUCGGGCUCCCGCGAGUGUGAGGUAUGA